AUGAAGACCUCUCUGUCUCAGACUCUGUGUCCAGAGUGUGAUGAAGUCCUCUCUGUCUCAGACUCUGUGCGGCUGGUUGGAGGCUCUGGUCUCUGCUCUGGAUCACUGCAGAUAUGGGACCAGUCCUGGAUCUCGGUCUGUGAAGGGGCCUUGGAUCUGAGGGGAGCAGAGGUGCUGUGCAGGGAGCUGGGCUGCAGGGGUCCUUCUGUCCUCCAGGGGGAGCUCUCUCCUCUGGGGCAGACGUUCCACUGUGAAGGCCAUGAGUCUGCUCUGGUGGACUGUCCCCGCUCCAGACCCAAGACCUGUCCCUCUGGACCCAGUGAGGACGUCAUCUGCUCAGAGCCGCUCAGGCUGGAGGGAGGAGCCAGCCGCUGUGCUGGGAUCCUGGAGCUCAGACACAGAGGAGAGUGGAGACGAGUGGAGCCUGGAGCCUGGACCCUGGAGCAGACAGCAGCUGUGUGCAGAGACCUGGACUGUGGGUCUGCUGUUUAUGGGACACAGGUGUCUGAUUUACCACAGAGUCCUGUGUGGAGGGUCUCAGGGUCCUGUGUGAGGAGGUCUCCAGUGAGAGACUGUGCUGUGCCCUCUCCCUCCUCCAGGUCCUUUGGUCUGAAGGUGAAGUGUUCAGUCAGCAACACGUCACAACAACAUCACGAGACUCUUCUGAGGAGGCAGCAGCUGAAACUGAUACUUUCUCUGAGUCUUUAUGAGAUCUGUCUCAGACUCUGUGUCCAGAGUGUGAUGAAGACCUCUGUGUCUCAGACUCUGUGUCCAGAGUGUGAUGAAGACCUCUCUGUCUCAGACUCUGUGUCCAGAGUGUGA